ACAUAUACGUGUCGAAUAAAUCAGAAAGAAAAAUUUAUAUAUGCGAAGUAUAUAAUUUAAACGUUAGUAAAAAUCAUGUAUUUUAAUUUCAAUUUUAUUUGUUCUAUCAAUAAAUUAUUUAUAUAAAAAGUUAGUUUAAUGUCUUUAUUUUAUGAGUCCAUUAUAUAAAAUAUAUAUGAGAUUUAUUUGAAGAAUAUUUUGGGUAUUGAUCAUACUGAUCAAGAUGUUUGCUUUAGAAAAAGGGAAUUCCCUUGAUGACAUUAUGAUAUUACAAAUGAAAUAUGAUUGUUUGCGUGAAGAAUUCUUAUCUGCUGCUCAAUUUGACAUUACUGAAGGCAUGUUAGAAGUUCUUAAAAAAUAUUAUACACAAUACAUAAAUUCAAAUCGCAAAUUUAGUCAAAUUAAAGAUAUAAGAACGUUGUUGAAUGUGUUGGAAAAACGAGAUUGCCUUAGUCAUAGUAAUAUAGAACCACUUUCUUAUAUUUCAAGUAACUUCUUAAAUGACUUUGAAAUAAAAAAAAAAAUAGGAGAUUAUAAACUUCAUAUACAAAAUAUGCAAACUGCUCCACUUAUUAACAUGUAUCAAAAUACAGAUGUAAAUAAAGAUAAGAAUGGAACAGAAUUAUCAAAUAUAAGAAAAAGUAGCAUAUCACAAUCAAAUGUACUUACUAGUGACCCAAACUGUCAAGCAUCACAAAGCAAUGUAGAAAAUCAAAAUCCAGCUUUAGAUGAGAAAGCACUAUUACAACAAAGAUUAUUAUUACAAAUUAGUGAAAGAAUUGGUCGUUCUUGGAGAGAUACUGCCCGAUAUUUAAAUAUUCCUGAAUGCCAGAUUGAUGCAAUUCAGUGUAAAUAUCCAUGCAAUUUGAGGGAACAAAGUUUGGAAGCUUUAAAGUUGUAUGUAUCUCAAUAUAAUACUGGUAGUUGGGAAUUGAAUUUAAUACGAGCAUUGGAAAAGGCAAGACGCAGAGACCUUAAAGAACUUGCAGAGAAAUUUAUAAUAAAUAAAGGUAAAGAUUAAAUAAUUUACAUAGGAAAUAAUUAAACAACGAUUUUCGUUUUAACGUCACAAAUGUAUUUAAGGAAAAUCAAAAAUAAAAGAAAUAACGUGAAGAAACAGUACUUUAUAUUUUUCAUGUAUUUAUAAGAAAAACUUAAAUAUAAUCAUUUUUCAAACAAUCGUGAGAACAUAUUAAAUAUUACUACACUAUCUUAAAGCAAGUUAGGUUGCUGUAUUUUGUAAUAUUUUUAUGGAUUUAAAAAACGGCAACCUAAUUCCAUAGGUUUUUUCUUUUUCAAAGAAAUUUAAUAUUGCAGUCUUUGUUGCUUGUACAAGUAACAUAGGAGAAACAUACAUAGGGAAAACAGUUUGAUUACAUUUUUUUAUGUUAAUACUUGAAUUGUUCUUUUUAUAAAUACAGCAGCCUGUGCG